CCAGCUUCAUUAUACGAAGUAAUAAUUGUUAAUUUGCCUUGGCUUAUUUAUGUUUGCAGCCCUAGCUAGUGAGCUGCAUAAUAUAUCAAGAUCGGACUAUAUAUAAGUUAAUAAUGUGUGUGAAAGACCCAUACUUUGUGGCCAUAUUUUUGCUUUUUGUUACUGGGUUAACAGGAAGUUUCAUAGCUUGUAAUGAAGAUAGCAAUAAUAAUGGUGGGGAUUACUGGAAAAUGGGAGCUUCCUUCAUCUUUGGAGAUUCUUUGGUAGACGCCGGAAACAAUAACUACCUUUCCACCUUGUCCAAAGCUGACACUCCUCCUAAUGGCAUAGACUUCAAACCCUCCGGCGGUAACCCUACCGGCAGGUUCACCAACGGAAGAACCAUCGGAGAUAUUAUUGGAGAGGGAUUGGGACAGUCUUACUAUUCAACGCCAUUUUUAGCUCCAAAUUGUAGCGGAAAAGCCAUACUCCAUGGUGUGAAUUACGCGUCGGGGGGCGGUGGAAUUUUGAACGGAACUGGAUCCAUAUUUGUGAAUAGGUUGUCAAUGGACAUCCAAGUUGAUUACUUCAAUAUAACAAGGAGACAAAUCAAUAAAUUGCUUGGUGCCUCAAAGGCAAGAGAAUUUGUCACCAAGAAAUCCAUCUUUUCCAUCACCGUUGGGUCCAAUGAUUUUCUCAACAAUUACUUACUUCCGCUAGUUUCUAUUGGUACAAGACUCAGCCAAACUCCGGAUGCCUUUAUUGACCACCUUAUUUCUCAUUUUAGGGCUCAACUUACGAGGCUUUACCAAUUGGAUGCAAGGAAAUUUAUUAUAGGAAAUAUUGGACCUAUUGGUUGCAUUCCUUACCAAAAGAAUAUUAACCAGUUGAAUGACAAAGAAUGUGCAGAAUUAGCAAACCAGCUUGCUCUCCAAUACAAUUCCCGUUUGAAGGACUUGCUGAGUAAUUUGAACCAAAAUCUCCCUGGUGCCACAUUUGUACACUUGAAUGUUUAUGAUCUUCUCAUGGAAUUAAUCAUAAACCAUGAUAAAUACGGAUUUACCACAGCCACUAUGGCUUGUUGUGGAAACACAGGGCAAUAUGCAUGGAUAGUUCCAUGCGGAUCAGCAUCCAAUAUGUGUGGAGAUCGCAACAAAUAUGUAUUUUGGGAUCAUUACCAUCCGACUGAGGCUGCUAAUAUCCUUAUUUCCAAUAAAUUUCUCCAAGGAGAUCCUAAAUAUGUAUCUCCAAUCACUCUUCUUCAACUUAGAGACUUAUAAUAUUUCAUUACUCUGUAUUUUGUAAAUUCUAUACUAGUCUUUACUUCGUAUUUGGUUGUAUAAAUUCUCCUGAAUUUCUUGUUUUUUAUUAAAAUUCACUACUAGGAAAACAUCUCAUUUAAUAUCUUAUACGUUUGGCAACAA